UUUCUUAUGCGACGCCAUUAUCGUCGACGCACUCGUACGGAUCGUACGGUCCACGGCGACCACUUGAAAUUCGAAUAUUAUUUCGCAGCACGAUUUACGAUAACCCUGCAAGUGUUCGAACAACACACGAGCAACCAUGGAAUUCAAUUCUGCAACCGGUAAAGACGACCAGUGAGUAUAAUGUUUAGUACCCGUUUAUUUUUAUUCUAUAGUCUCCUACUCGCAGCACGUACCCGCAGGUCGCCGACAUCGCGACACUAAAUCGGCCGGUUCAAUAGUCGCACGGCCUAUAGAUCGUUAUGGUUUCCCCGAGGCGAUCUAUUAUAAUACCGUGCACUAAAUGUGCGAUAUGCUGGCACAGUCAAAUAAUAAAUAGAUUACGUAGGCGACUGGUAUGCGAUUUUUAAAAAUCAUACGAUUAAAUUUUCAACGAAAACCCAAUGGCUGUUUAACGGUUUCGCGUACAGCUUUCAUAUCGAGUUGGUGUGUACGUCACCGGGUCCGUGUUGUAAACGUAAAAUAUACCCGCCUAUUAAAAAAUGCCCGCAAGAGCCGUGCACUAUGCGUUUAUCGAGGGCCGGGAUUUAUCAUUUCCGAAAACACGGUGACCGUUAUUUAAAAUUUUUUUUUCGUUUAACCCAAGUUUACCGCCAGUCCUACAGAUCCGGACAGGGCCAGACUUUUAUCCGCCGGCCAGGUAUCCGGGCCGGGUUUCAUUUAUAAAUCCGCGGCGAACGAAAAAUCGGGAACGGGCAGGACUGUUAAUUACAAACCGGCCGGGCCAGGAAUUGUCGACCCGCGGCAAGCCUCUAUUCUUUGUAUUAACAGUAUUAAUAACAAUUAUAUGCCCCAUGUGAUUUUACGAGAAUGUUUGCGUUUUCGAUUUGAUACCCGUGAUUCAAAAUCGUAUUAUUUUUCCCGCGCGUUAUGACAAUUUUCCAGAUACACCGAAACUGAAUUUAUUAAUUUUAUUAUUGUUCCGUUAUCGACGUUACAGUUCUACAAUAAUAUGAAAAUGUUGCGAAUUGCCUUGAAAAUGUCCGAGCGCGCGGACAAUAUAGUUGCGUAUGCGAUAUUCGUCGUUUUUACAUGCAAACCGUGCAAACACAGCCGCGGACCCGUUUUCCCGGAAAAUAUAACAAUAACGGACCGUAGUAGGGUACUUGGAGACGACAACACUAUAAAAAAAAUAUAAAUAGCGACCGUUGUAUUAUUCGCGUGCGGCCGUGCGGUCGUGUCGUUAUUCCACGGUUGCCAUUUUUGUGGAUUUGACAAGUAGAAAAAAAAAAAAAACACCCGCCGACAAUCGCGACCUUUUGUGUUGAAACGCCGAAUUUUUCGAACCAGUCGGCACUGUGGGUUUAUAGUCGGGGUGUGACACUUUUUCACCGUACAGCAGGUAGUCAGGCAGGUAGGCAGGUAGGCAGGUAGGUAGGUAGGUAGGUAGGUAGGCAGGUAGGUAGGCAGGCUGGCAGGUGGGUAGGUAGUUCGCUUGGCUCCCUCGACAAUGCACGCCCCAAACGGUGAUAAAUAUAGUCGACGGGGAUGACACACGACUGCGAAUGGCGCGAUCGCGACCGUGUUUCGCCUGCCUUUUUCGCGCGCGCCGUCCGGUUCGUCAACCGAAUGACUCGUCGUCCACUAACUGACAAUAAUAAUUAUCGGCGAUGUAUGUAAUUUAUGCGUAGUAUUUGUCGUCGGUACACUAGUCACUCGCACUGCGGGUACAUAGCUACUGGGUACUUGUCGUGAGUAAAUAGAACGGAUUUCUGUUCGCUCGCACUCCCGGUUUUAUUAACGCUUAACAGUGGCGUACGUGUAUGUAUAGAAAUUCAUAUUUUCGUUUUCUGGGGGGAAUAUAAAAAAAGCUUUCGGGUUAUUUGUUAACACAUAGAUUGCAUAAGUUCGUGAAUACGCGCGCGUGCCGUACGUACAAACGUUGAAUUUCGCGGGGCGGGGAGCGGGUGAACCCCCGAAACCCUCUCCUGCAUGCGCCGCUGACGCUUAGUACUAAUUGUAUUGUUUACGCGCGAGGUGCGAGUGCGAUUGGCGCGUACUAACGUUCAGUACUGAGCAUCGUGUUAACCGGGCGUCGUAACACAACGUCGAUUUCACGUUAUUCGUCUGAAUUUUGUUCGAUUUUCAUAUACCCAACGGAAUCGUUAGUUUUCAACAACAACAGUUUUCAGCUAAUAAUCGCUAUUACGCAUUUCCCGUCGGGCGAUAAGAUACGACGUAGAAUAAACACUGUUUUAUUAUAACACGCAAUAUUCGUGUACAAUUCGUUUCGUAAAUUUUUAUGAAAAACCAUUUCGAAUCGCAUUGUCGAACGGUGUUAUUCGCGAUUCGUUCGCGCGUGUAAUAUUUAUACCUAGAAAACAAUUUUAAACACCAUCAUUUUGUACAAUUUUAUUUUAGUUCGUAAUAACGGUCAAUGGUCGUAGUCGGUAUUUUCUCAUCUCGGUGUACGUAUUUUAUUUCACCGGUUAUUGGUCUAAGGUCAUAUUCGGGAAAACUGUUUAUACCUACAAGUAUACCCGUUAAUUUAUUUUGACAUUAAUCGAAACUAUAAAAAUAUAAUAUUUUUUCUCGUAUUAUAAUAGUAUAUAUUUCCAAAACAACGUAUAAAAAAAACAUCGAAAUACGCAAAAUAUACGCUAAAAGAGUUGCAUUUUUUAAAAUCGUUAUAUCACGAAACACAUUUUGUGCUCACUUAGCAAAUCAUACGACCAAACAGAAUAAUACAGAGUAAUAACUGUAAAAAGCCUAUACUAAGCUCCUCUAGUAGUACCAAAAAUAUUUUUAUAAACUUAUCACACAAAUAUAAAAUAUAAAUAAAAAAAACUAAAGUAUAUAAUCCAACGAAUUGUAUCAAUUAUUAAUAGGAUAUUACUUACAAGCAAUUAAACUUUACUAACCGUUUAAAGCAGAAAGGAAAAUCAAAGUUAUAAUUGUCUCAACGACAAAAACAUAUAAAUGUAUUAAUAUUAAUAACACGACGACAAAAUAUUUUCCAAAGAUAAUAAGUACAUAUUCGAAAAAGUGAAUUAUAAUAUUCAACUGGCUGAAAUUAAAGGUUUGAUGGCUUUGAGUUUACCGAUAUGUUAAGUGGCCAACGGUUUCAGAAACUAUUAAAAAUAUUGCAGUAACUGAGUCAAAUAUUAAAUUUCCAUAAUGUACGAAUUAAAAAUCAUUUCAUCAAUAUUGAUAUACUAAUUAUUCAAUUUACCACCCUCCGUGAGCAGUUUUUAUAACUCUGAGAGGAGGACAAAUUGAGAUUAAACAAUUUGACUAUUUGUAUUUCACUCGUAUAUUCAUAUAAAAAUCGUAUUCAUGAAAUAUAUAUUUCAGAUUGUAAAUAUUAAAAAAGAAUUCAAAUCACUCAUAUACAUAAUAUUUUUUUUUACCUACCUAUUUGUUUUAAAAUCAUAUUACUCAAGCUUAACACUUUAUUUUCAUUAAAAAUGUAUAUGGUAGAAUAAAUUAAAUUAUUUUAUAGUUUCAUUUAUUUGUAAUUACACACACACACACACACACACACACACAUUAUAUACAAUUACGACUAAAGCAUAAUUGCUGUACUAAAAAUAAAACCUAGCAUAGGCCUAUGUAGACUAUACAUUCCUCCCGCCACUGCCACUCUUAGUUUUCUCUUUUUAGUGAUUUUAAAAAUCAAAAUUCGUCCGUUCUAAGUAACAUAACUUUGAUAUGUUGUUUGUUAAUUAGACUGACGCUGUAUUUUUGCAUCAAUUAUUCCAGUAGGUGUAUACCAAUACUGAUUAUAACGGAAAAAAUAUGUCUUGCAGUCUCUAGUAAAAUUGAUUUUAAUUUAUUCCAAUAUUUAAAAAAAAUUUAGGUCAGGAUCUGAAGUUCAACAGAAUUUUGGAAGGCACGAAGCACAUAAACAUCAUGAUACAAUGGGUGAAGUAAGUAUGUUAUUAAAAUAAUAAAUCAAUUUUUUGUCUAUAAAAAAAAAAAAAAAUAAUAAACACAUAUAUUUGUUUAUAGAUUGUACAAGGUGGUGCUUCUGAUUUUACAAAAUUCAAGUACAAUCAUGUCUCAGACUUGUUAGUAUCUUUAUGUUUAAUUUAAUUUUAUGUAAAAUUAAUAAAAUAUAAAAUAAUAUUGUUAAUAUUUUAUUGAUAAUUAGUGUUGAUAAUCGGUUCAAAGAAAUGAAACAUUCUGAAAAUGAUGGUACUUAUCAAGGUGACACUGAUGGCCGUCAUGGAGCUCACAAGCAUCACGAUACAAUGGGCGAAGUAAGUGUUACAAUUAUUAUCAUUAAGUGCAUGAACAAUAAAAAAAAAUGUAUUUUUAAUUGUAGAUUCUAAAAAAUGAUGAUGAUACUAAGAAAUACAACCAUGAUUCAGACUUGUUAGUAUAAAUACCCUUAUAUAAUAAUUUAAAAGUUUGAUUUAUUAAAAUUGUAUAUUUGUAUUAACAUUUUUGAUUUAGUGUUGAUAAACUUGCCAAUAAAUCAAACAACUCUGAAGAUGGUGAUGCACAUCAAGACGGUAGGCACGGAGCUCACAAACAUCAUGACACAAUGGGCGAAGUGAGUUUUAUUACUUAUAAUUUUAAAUACUUAUAAGAAAAUGUAUUAUUUUUACGUGAUUUUAUUUGUAGAUUGUAGGAGGCGAUGGAAAAGUUCCGAAAUCCAAUUAAUAAAAUCAUAACACUACAGUAAUGACAGUCCAUAGAAUUGUUAUAUAAAUAUAAUUUUUGGGUAUUUUAGCGGUAUAUAAUAAUUUACAUAACUUAAAUUAUCAAUGUUUCAAAUAAUUUGUAUAACAAGGUCCAUUUUAAAAAAAGUACAAGUUUGUUUUGCACUAUUUCUGAUGUUAAUAUAACUAUUAUAUUAUGUUCUAUCACUGCACUAUUGUAAACUAGAUUUAACUUUAAAACAUAUUAAACAUAUUAUCUUGAUACAUAUUAGUUAAAAUGAAUAACUAUUUUUUCAUUUUUGUAGUCGUGUGAACAAUAUUUUAUACAAUCUUUGAUAUCUAAUGUAAACAGUUAUCUUCUUUUAGAUUCCGAGCGUAGCAUGGGAGCUAUUGGUUUUUAUUUUCCUAAGGUGGUACUUUAUGGAGGUCUUAUUUAUAGUUGACCGCUCAGAAUCAUUUUUCAUUAGAAAUGGUUAAUUGUUGCG